AUAAAAUAAGCCACGUCAAGAGAGAACCUUUCUCUAGUUUCAGCUUCCAGGCUUUCUAAAACAGGAUCAUGGCCUAUAAAAUUCUUCAUGUAGCCCUGUGCUCCUCCUUGCUUCUAGAAGUUUUGGGAGCACCAUUUUUGUUGGGAGACCCUGCAAACCAGUUCCUUCAUCUCAAAAGACAUGUAUAUUCACAAGAUCACUGGGAUUCAGAUCACAGUCCCAGUGGGUGGAGAUUCACGCUGGCUGAUCAGGCUCAGGAAAUAUGGACUUCUUUGAAAACAAUUGCACAUUAUUGUUUGGACAUGAAUACCUUCACCUUUGAUAUAUCUAGUACCCAGUAAAAACAUUUCGCUGAACAAAGCCAAACAAAGGACCUGGAAUCAGUGAGCCAAAAUCAUCAGCUUCGGAGAAAAGGGUGCAAAUUGUGCCAUUUACUAGAUACAUAUUAUUUCUAUAUCACAGAGUUGUUGAACAGAGGAGUCACAAAGGUCUGUGUGAAGACCUAGAAUUAGAAGGUCUCAAUAAAUGUUUGUUCUUGAAAUGAAUUCUAAAAGCAAGGAGAAA